CACCAGCAAGCCUUUCUACCAUUGACGAGCCCAAGGCAAAUAUUCCGCGGAAAUCAUCGCUAUACCGCUAUAAAAACGAGAAGGAGCGUUGUGAGUCGCAGUGGCCGCGACUCUACUUGUAUACCCAUACUCAGUCUAUAGGCUAGUCGGCCACCUUAUUGAUUUAGUUUUAAAAAAUGAGUCUGUAUAAAUUGGACCAAAUUAAAUAAAAAUACCUCAUGUAUGAAAAUCGGUUCCAAAUGUCAAAGCUAGUCAAUUUUAACACUCAGUACUAAAACUUGGCGCACCCUGUAUACAUACGCAUAAUUAUGGAUAUGCCCACAUGCUCACUUUCAUCUGCUGAUAAAGAAAACUUCUUGACUCUAAGGAACAACUUUAAGUGAUUUCUUUUGUGUAGGAUUUUGCAUAUCAUUGAACGGAGCCCAAGCCGGUCGGUUAUUAUGGAUCGAGUCGUUCGAGCAACAAGUCAGUACAACGGAAAAAUUUCCUCAUAAGUUCCAUAAGUGCGGAAUGAAUAACCUCAUAUAUCAAAGCAGCCUGCUGAGCAUUCUCUUUUGCGUUGGUGUGCAGGCUAGCGACAUUCCCGAUUGCGAUUUCUUCGAUACGGUCAACAUAACGAGCAGCUUAAAGGCAGAAAAUGGAUCUUAUAGAUACGAGAAACUCACAGUUCCUGCGAGCCUAACUGGGGAGUACGACUAUGUGAUCCAGCACGACGGAGACAGGAGCCGAGUUCCCAAGCACAUCCGAGGAUGUGUGUGCAAGUUGAGGCCCUGCAUUCGAUUCUGUUGUCCGAUGGAAAAGCGAAUGAGAAGUUUCAAGUGUUCCAAGAAAGGGAACUCGCUUUCCUACAACAUGACGCUGGAAAUAAUGCAACACGAUGGUACAUUAGCGUGGAAACAUAUUUUGAGAGAUAUGUUCGUGCAGGAAGAUCUUCCCCUGCCAUGUAAGACUCAUUUUCUACUUAACAAUGAGAAGUCUAGAGAUCUGUGGACACUGUUCGAGAAUGGAACGCUACUGCGGCAAUAUGACCAGAUGUACCUCUCCAAGCAGGAGUAUUGCCUGCAGCCGCGAAAGGCGAACAAUAGGACAUACUACAAUUAUACCAUCGCGCCCUACAACUGCGCUAUCGAGCCUUCCCGAUCAAUGGCUUUCGUCAAGUCCGUCACCGUAAUAUUUAUGACAAUUACCAUUGCCCUUUAUCUGUAUCUGCCCAGAUUCCGUUCGCUGCAUGGAAAGUGCUGCAAUCUGUACUUUAUCUGCUUGGCAGCCUCCUUCCUGCUGAAUGUCUUCAGUAUGUUCGAUAUAUUUUGCUCACGCUCAGUUGUGUGUCGGAUCAAUGGAUACGCUGGAUACUUUGCAGUGAUGGCCACAUUUCUCUGGCUGUCGGUGAUAAGCUUUGACGUGUGGAGACGAUUCGCGCUACGGCGGUUGCAAGAGUUCAAAAAGAACAGCCGCAUUAGGUUCCUCAACUAUAAUCUCAUCGUUUGGAGCACGGCUGCUGUACUGACUCUGGGCAUAUUAGUGGUCGACUUUUCCGUCAAGUUCAAUUUUGAGAAUCCCAGCACACCCGGCGUGGGGGUGUAUACGUGCUGGAUUUAUACAGAGGGAUGGUCGGCCAUGUACUAUUUUUAUUCGCCGCUGUUGAUUUUGAUGCUUCUCAAUGGAACGAUGUUUGCGUUGACAACCAGAUACAUUUAUGUGGAAAACAAGAAGAAUCAGCGAGUGCUGAACAAAAAUGAACGACAACGAAAGUCCAGGAACAAAGCCAACUACCGUGUGUAUUUGCGUUUGUUCAUCAUAAUGGGCGGCAGUUGGAUUCUGGAAAUCAUUGGAUAUGUCUGCACUUUGGAGAAUAUCUUAGAGCACUUUGUCACAGUCUCUGACAUUGUCAACUGCAGUCAAGGCAUCAUUAUCUUCCUGGCCACAUUCUGCAAUCGGGACAUACUCAAGGCAAUGCGCAGGCGCAUCCAAAACAGGAACAGCACCAGUACAGAGUUUACUAGCAACGGUCGGUCCCUGGAGUCUGACAAACCUGCUAAUACCGAAAGGAAUUAAUUGGACCUCGCGUCAAGAAAGUGUAUUUUUUGGAAAUAUAUUUUAAUGCUUUGAUUAAAGUUGUAUAUUUUUGAGGCACACCCUGCAGAGGCGAAGGGCGGCCACUA